GACAUGGAAUGAAAUUCGCCAUCAUGGCGCCAAACAUUGCAUAGUUUUGUUGUGAAAAUGGUUAAAAGUAACAUAUUUGCAUCAUUUUAUAAGUUGAUUAUUGCUCAAACCACUUUAUUUAGCCGUGGAUAGCUUAUAUGUUCAUUUUAAUUUAUAUGGUAGUUAAUCUUUACAUUUCAAUGGUCGCUUUCUUGUAGAACUAUCUCAGCUGGAUAUUUAUAAAUAUAAAAUUAAAAUGAUGAUGAAGCUGGAACCCUUUCCUAGGCCUACGCCUACAGCUUCUAGAACUUUUACUUUAGGAGGAUUUUUCAACCAUAUUUCUUUAUAAUACUUUUCAUGCAGUUAGUCUUUAAUAGUAUAAAAUAACUGAAACAUAAAAAAAACACAUGAACUUUUAGUUUCGGAAGUGAAUUUGAAUGAACUCAAGUUGGCCUAAUUUCAAGGCUUGUGUGCCUGUGUUUCCUCCCAAAUAUCAGAUAGUACUAACGACCCAAUACUUAAUAAGUCAAUGAGGCCAGUGGUGUCAAGCAGGGUCAUGUGUAAAUAACAGUGUCUUAAACCAAGUGGUUCCCAACCUUUUUGUCUCACUGAGCCCUUUCUGGAAUUUAAUUCUAUACAGGCUAUGUCAUAUGUUAUAUAGGGAGCCACCUAUUUCUUACUAAUCAAACUAGUUUAUAGUUUAUAGUAAAUAUUGUGGCUUGCCUGAUGUUUUAUUGUAUCACAAAUAAACUUAUUUCUUCAUUCAAGUAGCGGUACUCUACCACUUAGACUUAAAUGUCGGUUAUGAACAAAUAAUUUUACUCUGGUUGGAAGUGCUAUUCAAAUGGUUACUGUUUUAUUGAAUAGAUAAAAUUCAUUUAAUAUUCAUUGUAAUUAUAAUUUAUAAUAAUUCAUCCAAAUAAAUUUAAUGGAAAUGUUUUGUACAGUAUAUAGUGACAUAGGCUAUAGGCUAAAAUAGAAAAGUGUAAACAAUUUAAUAAUUUUUCGAAUAGAAAAAUUUAAACAGUUUAAUGUCGUAUGAAAAUAAAACAGAGUUUGUCUGCUCUGAGUUUAAAUCAUUUCAAUGCAAACAAUUGUGAGACAUGAAGUCAUGCAAAUAUAUCGCUUGUGCCAAACUGUUUCCAUUUUGUGCUUUGUGUGCAUCCAUAUAUUUUCAACAGUCUGUGUAUAGACACGAGCGUCAUUUUAAUUGUCAAAAUUUUUUUGAGGAAAAAUUUAGUGUUCCUAGAUUCUUUGUAUAAUUUGGUUUAUGUUUUAAGCCACCUAUCCAUCUGGUACAAUAAGUGAGCCUGUAAGCUAUGAACUCUUGUAACAUGAUCACACGUUGUUCUGGCACCCACUCUUUCUUUCCAAGCCACUGAAAAACUAGAGGCAGUCUCCAUUGUACUGUUAACAAAAAUCAAAUAAACCUUUAAAUAGCACUCCAAACCGGAACAGCACAUUUUUCAUAACCGAUUUACCAAUUAGCGAUUAUUUUCUUCUUCUAUAUUUUGAGGGCCCACGAUCAAUGGAUUGACCAUUUUCAUUUCGAAGUGUCUGCACGUCCGGCGCGCCGGACAAAUAGUGUGCAAGAUAUACGUCGGCUGUAUGUCACAAGACCGCCGGACGGCUGGUAUUUUUAUAAUUCCAAACGAAGUACAGUUUGGUAGAUCUUGUGAGGUCUAGUGGUAGAGUGGUCGCUUGACGAUAUUAUGAUGUGAGGAUCAAUACCGGGGAAAGGAUCGUUAUUUUACUCCCAUUUUAAUGUAAAAUAUUUUAUACUAUAUUAUAUUUAUAUUAUGUUCAUCAGCAACAGUAGUUUCAUGAGAAGUUUUUAAAUAUUUUGUAACAAUUUAAAAUGAAAUCUUUUACUUUUAUUGGUUGCCUACUCCACACUGGCCCCUAAUUUAUUUUAUGGAUUACUGGUGCACAAACUCAAAUAACAAACUAAACAAAAAUGUUUACAAGCCACUUUCACUUAAGUUUUUUCUAUUAUUUGCAUUCAAGAUACUCAGUACAUUACUUGGUAGAGAAAUAGAUUUUAAAAUUAACAAUAGUUUUGAAUCAUUCGCAGUCACGGGACAAGGCUGACCAACAAGAUAUCUCUCGCCACUUUGUUACGGCGGUCAUGUGACUUGGUCGCCGGACAAAUAGUGCGGGAGAUAUACCUCCGGCGCGUCGGACGUGUAGACACUGCCUUUUCAUUUUUUGGCAUAAACGCACAUUUGAAAUACAUAGACAUUUUGUGUGUGGUUGUGUGCGCCAUGUUGUGUACCUUCCCCUUUUUUGGACUGAUAAAAAAUAUAUUGAAAUAAGUAAUAUAUUAUAAGACAGUUAAAUAUAGCUAGGUAAAGGAAACCUAAUUUUCCACAAUCUUAUUAAGUGUAGAAUGAUGCAAAACUAUAUUCAGGUAUUCUUAAAAGUGAAUCCCUGCAUUUUGAAUCUAUAAACACAUUUCUGGUAAGGGGACUCAUCGCCACCCCUACCCCAGUUAAGCUCAGGUGAUUUUGGCAGGCAUUCUCAAUUUCUGCUCCCCCCACCACUUCUUUGUCUAUCAAAGUGGCAAAUGCAAUAAUAAAAAUAAAUUUGCAAAAAUGCACUGUAUAUAAAUUUCAGUCAUCUACUUUGAGGAGUGACCGUUAUUCUUUAUGCCUUUAUUAGAUAUGCGAUAUGAAUAGUUAUUGUAUACAUUAUACUAUUUACUGUUUAUUUAUAUACCAUUACAAUACAGUAUUGUAUGAUUUUGAGAUGGAAAAGUAUCAUUCUGAGACUAUAUUUAUUUUGAGUUCCAGUAUAACCAGUUCUGUAGAUUUGGGUAAAUUGAAUGCUGGUGUAAAGGUCAAGAUCAAAAUCAACUUACAUGAUAAAAAACUAAUUCAAAUUAUUUUUCAUAUUGCGCCAUUUUCAUUUGAUUCCUUAUCCCAUGCCCAUGUACUUUCAGAAAAUAUAUACAUUUAAGGGUAUCUGAACUCAUUUUGUAUGAAAUUUUAAACAAGCAUAUGACAUGAUAUGAAUAUGCUGAAAACGUCUUGACGCCACUGAGCAAUAAUUGACAGAUAUAGUGUUAAAAUGUCUUUAUUUUCACAUUUAGCUCUUAAUCCUAACUUUCACCAUUUAAAAAUCUUAAAAUUACAUUGUUGUUUAAAUAAAGGGGCUUUCUUAUUUGAUAUUUAGAAUCAGAAAUAUCCAACCCUGAUAUUGAUGAUAGCAACUAAAGUACAUCAAACUGUGUAAGUGCAUGUACCUGUUGCUGGUAUUGGUGUACACAGAUCUCUUUCAAAAUGCCUCUUACCAAAGGCACAAAGAAAGUUUCAGGAAAACAAGAUGACAGCCCUGGUAAGUGUAACUAUUUAAGAUUUAUUAUUUGACAUUUCUUUGUUAUACAGAUAUUAAAAUAAAGCACUGGGUAAGUUUAAUACAUAGAUCCAGUGGAAUAAGUGGCAGCUAAGUAAGGCAGACUUUGCAGUAUGACAGUAUGAGGUAACCAAAAAGUAUUCAGAUCACAGCAACAAUGAAAGUGAUAUACCACCAGAAACCAAAAAUAAAUGACUGAUGGUGAACAGGGAUUGACAUAAAUGAUGAGGAGGCAAAUCUGCAACAGCUAGAUAAAAGGCAAUCUGUCAUGGAAUGGAUGUGGGGGAAUUGGGAUGGCUGAUAUUUUUUUAAUGAUACAAACAAUGAAUAAAACCUUUACAGACAAGGAUUACUGAAACGUAACAAAAAAAAUAUCUAAAAUGUGUAGCUUCAAAAGUGAAUUUAACUUUUGAUAAAUGAAAUCUAAGUCUUUAAACUUUUAGUCCACAGCCAUUAGUACAUUUAAUCUUGUUCAGGCAAAUAAUUUGGUCAUUAAAUCUAAUUUUUUUAUUCCAAUAUCUGUUCUUCUGUCAGAACCUGGGUCAUCUAAGAGGGAUAAAUACAGCAGUGAUGAAGAUGAGCAGCCAGUGAUGAGAAAGGGAAAGAGUCAAAGUAUGUUAAAACUAAGUAGUUUAUUGUUGCUAACAGUUUUUAGCUUAUUUGUAGCUUAUAACAUUUUAUUACAUUAAUUAUUAAUUCAAAUAAUACCUGCUAAUGCUUUUAAAACUUCUGCUUAGGUUCUAAAAUGUCUAAACAAGGAAAGAUGAGUAAGCGAAGUCCCAACAUUAUUAGUAAAGCUAGUGGAUUAAACACAGGCCACAACAAACCAGCUGAGGUAAGAAAUAAAAAUAACUGUUUUUUUUAAUGGUGUCAUUAAUUACCAUACCAAAGAAGACUGGACACUUUGUACAGGAAAUGGGUAUCAUUACCGCUGACUUCAUUUUGUAAAUUUAAUAGAAAACAUCUAGCUGUUAAAAUAAAAGAAUAUAUUUGUUGAGUUUCUCUUUUCUCUAUUUUAAUUUGCCCUUACAUUUAAAAAUCAGCAUUCCCAAUUUUUCAUUGUCCUAGGUUAUCUAGGGCAGGCGCUAUAACUAGUUAUAAAUGACAAUGUUUGAUUGCACACAACAUGCCAUUUAGUUUCACUCUUUCAUCACCCUUCAUGUCAACACUGACAGAUCGUUUCAUUUAAUAACACUGAAUAACACAAACUUUAUUAAAUAAUAAGAUAAUUUAAAGCUGUCGUGGAAAAUUAUAAAACAAAGUUAAAGGUUGCUGAUCAUAAGCCAUAUGUAAUAAUAUGUUGCAUGUGCAAUACAUAAACAGUAGAAAUGGGUCAAAGAAUGUGGGGUCACACACAGCCCAUAGUAAAAAAUUACAAAUGAAAUGUUAAUUUUAAUUGUAAAAAAAUCAACCUCAAUAAUCAAAGCUAAAAAUAGGAUUUUGCUUUCAUUAUUAUAUUUGUAGUUAUUUUUUAACAGCUAUCAUAUUUUUAAAAGUAAUACUUUGGAUUUUUUUCACUAAUGGGCAUAGUGCAAGUAAAUUUACAUUAAACAUUAAUGAAUUGUUAAUGUGAAUAUGGUUCAGAGUCAAAUUAUAUCUUGUUUAAGAUCAUAAAUAAAUAUUGUUUUACAUGAUACCUUUUGUGUCUAAUUGCCUGUUGUUUGUAUUUCCAUAGCUUUUCCGGAAAGAUCUUAUCAGUGCAAUGAAACUGGCAGAUACUGAGAUUCUCUAUGAGAGCGAGUAUCUUGUAAUAUCAGAUCCUUGGCGACAAGAGUGGGAAAAGGGAGUGCAGGUUCCUGUUAAUGAAGAGGAAAUUCCUCCUUCAUGUAUUAAGUGAGUAAGAAACGCUAUUUAUUGAAGUAAACAUAUUUCUUAUGUGAUCAUUUGUACCCUUUUUUAACAUGUUGCUUUCCUGAAAUUCAUAACUUUAUUAUGCUCAGUGCCAAAAGUUAUUUUCUUUAAGGUUUGGAACUGAAGUAAUCCUAAGUGAAUAUAUUUCUCAAUGUAAUUUUUCCAAUAUUAUGAGGUAGCAAAAUGAAAUCAUAACAAUGCGAAAAUGCUAUUGGAUUAGACAAUCUGUACUUGUAUCUUUUUGCUAUCAGUUAAAGAGUGCUUCUUAUUUAUAAGCAUAAUUGUUUUUAUAGUGGUUCAGCCAUCAAAAUAAUUUCUAAAUAAAACCACACAAAAAAAUUAUUCUAAACAAUAUUCGAUAAUUCCACAGGGAAAAUAAAAAGCAGCAAAAGAAUGGAGAUUUUAAACUGUAAGUUUAUCUCUAAAUCCCUUUUGCAUUAAAACCAAUAAUAGCAUUGCACAUUGUUCUGUAUUUAAUUAGCUUAACUUCAUCUGGAAUUAUUUUCCUGCUACAGUGAUUGUUCAUGAUAUUGGAGAUGGAAAUAUUCUAUAAACUUGUUUUUUCUUAAUAAAACAAAUUGCAAUAAUUUUGCUUACUAUUUGCUAUAAUAAUAAAUGACAUCUUGCAACUUACAGAUUCAGUUUAGAAUGUCUGAUUUCUAUUUAAUCAGGGUUUCCCAACCAGCACGCACCCCAGAGGGUUUGGGGUGGAAUUUAAGGGGUGAGAGAAACAUACAAUAUAUGAAAAGAAAUAACAUUAGCUUUUAAGUUGAUGUUAUGGUUUUAAAAAAAAAUUUCACUAACAUUAUCCAGUUUAAAAUCAAAUUUCUACAGCUCUCGUUGCAAUCAAAACAUCAAAUAAAGAUUUAAUAAAUCUAUUGGCAUGGGUCCCAAGACUAGACAAAUACAGGGUGCAGAGUAUAGAAAACAAUGGGAAACACUGUAUUAAAUAAUUUUUGGCAUUUAAUUACAUUAAUUUGUUUUAAAAAUUUGAAAUAAUUGCAAAUCAAUUAAAGGCAGUUCAAAAUUUGUAUUAUACAUUAGUUUUGCAAAUGCUCUUUUAAAACAAGGUAAUUUCAUUUCAACUCAGGCCACUCCGCAAGUACCUUCAUGAGAAGAUUGAUGAAACUUAUCAGCAAAGCCAUCAUGAGCUAACUGGUAUGCAAGAGUUAGCUGAACAGAUUGUUCGAUAUGAUCUUGAUGAUCAGGAUGUCACUUGGCUAGAACUAGUUAACCAGGACAGAGAAGAAAUGGGUAAGCGUGAGCCCUGAUACGUUUAAUUACAGAAUUAGCUUUGCUUUACGUGUGUUGGAGCUUUGUAAUGUUUACCUUUCUAACUUAUAUUCACAUUAAUCAUUGUCAUCAAUGGCGCUACAGCCUAGCAAACAACUGCGUAGACAUUUUCACAUGAUACUAAAUCCGAGUUUUUUGGGAAUACAUAUUUGCCAAAUCUUGGAACAAAUGCUUUUUAUUCCAUAUAAUCAUUCAUGAUUUUUCCUGUAGUACUUUUUCUGUUGUAUACAAUAUUAAUAUAAAGACAUCCAAUAACUUCCACUAGUAAAUUAUUAUUCCUGUUGUUUCUGUUAAUUUAACUGUGGUCUGCCGAUAAAAUCUGCUGAUUUCCUCUUCCAGUACCGUGUCGGGCGUAAAAAUUGGCAGAUAAAAAUUGCAUUGAAAGAACAACUUCUAGUCCAAUAUUUUACACUACAUAAAACAACUUACUUUAAUAAUAAAUAAAUUUCAGUUUUUAGCUCUUCUGUGUCCUUUUUUUAAAAUUGAAAGUGAAUAUGAUAAUUUUUGUUUGUUUGCAGGACUCCAGUUGAUAAAUGAGUGGAACAUGGAAAGAAUGAUAGAAGAGCUAGAGAAUCAGGUACCAAUAACAAUCCUUGGUGGUUACUUCUAGUGUUAAUGUUAAUAUCUUGAAAUGUUUUUUUUUCUUCUAACUAUAAGUUGUCACAAAUUUAUUUCUUUGUAGAUAAUGUAUGGAUUGAUAUGAUCAAUUAUCUUUUACAUUUCUAAUAAUUUUCACAGUAAGUCAAGUACUAUAUGCCUACGAUAUAUGUUAUGUUUACACUAAUUUUAUCUAAUUAUUAAUUUCUUGUUUUUGUUAGUGUUAUGUUAAAACCAAUGCUUUAAAGAAAACAGAAGAGGGACUUGGUAUUGAGUAUGAUGAAGAUGUUGCAUGUGAUGUCUGUAGGAUGGUAAGUCAAUAUAAACAAUUUAAAACUUUCCGUUUUAUUUAUUUAUGCUGAUAAAUAUUUUGUCAUGCUGCUACUGCUGUUGACAGCAUAACGGGACUUGAGAAAUAUUACAAUUUUAUUGUUACAUUUUUAAAGAAAUUAUUAUAAACAUGCUGGUUCAGUGUUGCUAUAGUUUUUUUUUUUUUAACUCCAUUAAUAAUCUAUUAAUUAUUUUUUUUAAAACUUAGAUUGCUAUUGGUUACACUUUGUUUCAUUAUGAAGUAAACCAUCACAUUUAAGAGUAAUUAUAUUUCUCUUAUUAAAUGAGCCAAUGGCUAUAAGGACUUUCUGGGCCUAUAGUUAUAAGACAGGAAAAAAGGUCUUAAAAAUAGCUAUGGUCUGAUGUAUUGGUGAGGACAUAGAUGGAAUUAAUGUGGUUAAUUUAGAAUAGCUUCAACUCUUUCAAUGCAGAAUUUUUUUAAUAAAACAUUUUACAUUUUUUCAAAGAACAAAAAAAAAGAGUGUGAGGUUUGGUUAUUAAAAAGUUUUAAAAAUAUUAUUGUUUGGUUUAUAAGGCUAAAUUUUUUAUCAAAUGAAAGAUAAUUGAAUGGACUAUAUGCUUUUAAACUUAUUUCUUCAUUUUAACUAAAAUAACAGAAAAGAAACUUAAAAUGUUAAAAAAUAAUAUGCAAAAACUUUUUUUCACCAAACCCUUUGAUGUAGGCACACAUCAACUUCACUGCAAUAACUCACAUCAUCUAAAACUACUACUAUCAGAAACAUGCGGUGCAUCUAAAUCUAAAUCAACUUCACUAUAAAUAAUAUAAAACAUAUUUUGAGCUGUUAAUCGUCUAGGAAACUUACUCACCCUACUAGGGCCUAAGGUAACCAUAGCAACUGUAUUGAUUGAAACAAAAUAAAAUAAAAAGCGAAGAAAAUUAAUAAAAUAAUGCUUCAAAUGACAACAAAUAAACCUUGCUUUCGCUCAUUAACAAUGAAGUGCCACUCUUCUAAGUAAAAGUCUAAUUCAAAAAUAGUUCUUGAAAAGUUUAACCAAAAAAUAGCAAAGAAACAACCAAGAUAUUGAAACAACAUAGAGCAUUGGUCUGUGCUUAUUAGCAUGGCAGAUGAACGUACUGUGCAUUGCACCACCGGGAAAAAGUUAAUGUUCUUUUAAAAAUAUGUUAUAUUUGAAUAAUUUGUAUUUCUCAUCACACAUUUACCUUCAUAGCUUAACGUAUUAAACACUUGUCGGAGUACAACAUAGACACUAAUGUGAUCAAAGACAUCUAAUAAUUGUAUCUUUUUUUUAUCUUGAUAGCUGGAAAGUGAAGACACCAAUGAGAUGGUAUUUUGUGAUGGCUGUGAUAUUUGUGUUCACCAGGUGAGUCAUUUUGAGUUCAAAUUAAAAUUUAUAAUAUUAAAUCUUGUAUAAAAUCAUCAUGCAAAAUUUCAACUUAACUCAGCAGUUUGAUGGGUUUUUUCAAUUUUGUUAAAAAUCUUAAGGGGAUUUAAAAAAAAAUUAAAUAUAUCACCUCUGAUCUUAGCAAUUAUACAUAUUAAAUAUGUGUGUGUGUGUAUAUAUAUAUAUAUAUAUAUAUAUAUACACACAUAUAUAAUGACCUGACCUAUAUAUAUAUUUUAUUUACUUGGUUUUCAAAAAUACAUAACAUAAUAUUGGAGUACUUUUUCUUCUUCUUUAGAAUGGUUAUUUUGACCAAAAUUUCACACACUAUGAAAGGGAAUAAAAAUCUUCUUAUUUUAAAUUUUAAAAUGUGUUAGGGCAGGUUAAACCCCUAAAUUGAAAUUAGGGAAUUUGACCAUUUUAUUUUGCUUCAGUUAUUAGAAAUCAUGCUAAAAGUCAGUUUAAAAAAUAUAAAAAAAAUAAAAAUAUCUUCAGGAUCACUGUCUUGCUUUUAUUACGUAUAUUGAGUCUGAGCUGUACUGAAAUUGUGGCUAAAUCUUUUGUCUUUUCCUGCAUUUGCUGCUGUUUGUUGGAUGUGCAGUGUCAUCUACAAAGUCAAGGUCAUUCAGAUGUUCCCAUGGUGUCCACUGCAUCACAUUCUCUUUCUGUAUGUGGAUUCUUUCAUUAUCCUGUCAAUGUAAAAGAAGAAUAGGAAGGGGGACAAGAGACAUCAUUGUCUGAGGGUUUCCACUUUAAAGGCAUCUGUGAGUCUACCUUUGUGUACCACCAUUUCAAUUCUUCAUAAGAUGAUUGAAUGAUCCUGAAUAGUUUUCCUUGUACUCCAUGAUGCUGUAGAAGUUUUCACAUUUGUUUCUCCAGACUUUCAAAGGCCCUUUGUCCUCAAUGAAAUUUAGACAUAUGGGGGAAGUUCCUUUCGAUGGUUGUGUGUCGACCUUGUCCUUCAUUCUAUUCAGAAUAAAUAUGUUAAAGACCUUUUCUGGUACUGACAGCAGUGUUAUUCCUCUGUAGUUUGCACAUGUCAGUGUUAUUCCUCUGUAGUUUGCACAGUUGCCAAGAUCCCCUUUCUUUGGUACCUUGAUAAGGUCUCCUUCUUUCCAAUGUUUUGAAACUCUUCCUUUUCCCAGACCUGCCAACCCCCCCCAUUCCGACCUUCCGACAAACCCCUUUAAAAACCGAAAGCGGGGGGUGGGGGGGGGGGUCCGACAGGAAGUCGUGCAUUUCGAUACUGCCCCUUCCUUUGUUUUGAUACUUCCUUUUCCCAGACCUGCCAACCCCCCCCAUUCCGACCUUCCGACAAACCCCUUUAAAAACCGAAAGCGGGGGGUGGGGGGGGGGGUCCGACAGGAAGUCGUGCAUUUCGAUACUGCCACUUCCUUUGUUUUGAUCGAAGCGAAGCAAAUUCCAUUCUUCAUUCAUCAAUUAAUCAGAUCAUGAUUUAUCCUUAGUUUUACUAGGCUUAUAGUUGUGUUGUGACUUUUUUUGGUGAAAGCUUUACUUUUUUAAAAGGAUACAUUUUUAAAGAGAACUGCUGAAAAAUCUUUUCCAGUGACCGAGGUUGAGAGUGAUAGUGCUCCUAACAACAAAAAGAAACGGCAUAUUCAACGUUUUCGAAAGGAGUAUUCGGGAAAACACUCAUUUAUUCGGCCAUCACCCUGUGGUGAAACAUUUGCAUUCUGCAACCUGUGCCAGACCCACUUAUCUAUUGAAAGUGGGGGGUAAAGUGACAUUUAUUAACAUAUCUUAACCAAAAAACAUACAACUGCAGCUAAAAGCAGUGAAUCGACUACAUCCAUGUCUAAUUUUUUUGCCAAGGAAUCGGACGAUACGGUAGAUAAAAAGUGGCACUUUCUGAGAACCUACAAAAAUCCUGUUACUGAUCAAGUAGAAUUAAACCAUUUAUCUACAGCUAUACUUGCUGUGUGCUGCAUUCCACACAACAAUGCAGAUGCUGAAAGAUUUUUUUCCAUUGUUAAUAAAAAUUGCAGUGAUACAAGGGCAAGCAUGAAAGUUGAUACUCUUUCUAGCUUGCUUGUAACUAAAAUCAAUUACAAUGCUAACCUUCAGUUGUCCAAAGAGCUGUUGAAGAGGGAUAUGCUGGAAAACUGAACUCUUAGUUAGCAGCCUGUGUACAUAUGAAUAUGUAAUAAAAUGGAUCUUCUGUACUGUAUAUAUCUGUACAUAAACAUUUCCAGUAAUGUUUUUCUCAUGUUUUGUGGACUCUUCAAAGACAAUGGAGGUACCUUUAUAUUUCUUUAUUUACUAAAAAAAAAAAAAAAGGCUGGUGCAUUAGUUUACAGAUCUUAAACCAACAUGCACCGCCCCUACAGAUUUUUUUUUCUUGGCAGGUUGGCAGGACUGUUUUCUCAUAUAUUUUCAAUUUUUUUUAUGUUUUUUGGACUCUUCAAAGACAAUGGAGGUACCUUUUUAUUUUUUUAUUUAAUAAAAAAAAAAAAAAAAAGGCUGGUGCAUUAGUUUACAGAUCUUAAACCAACAUGCACCGCCCCUACAGAUUUUUUUUUCUUGGCAGGUUGGCAGGACUGUUUUCUCAUAUAUUUUCAAAUUGAGGGUGUAGCAUUUGACUAUUGUAUUUACAUCUGUUCUCAUCAUCUCUGAUGUUGUGUUAUCUGCUCCAGAUGCUUUCCCAAUUUUAAUCAGCUUGAUUGAGAGCCUCUACUAUUUCUUCCUUUUUUUAGGGUCCUGUCUUCUAUUUGUAGAUAUUCAUUUGCUGGUUGUAUAUCUGGUGUGUCUGAGGGUGAAAGCCUGUUGAAUAAUUCCUCCAAGUAUUGAACCAUUUUUUGUUGUUCUUUUUGUUCCGUUAUUGAUCUACCUUCCUUCUCUUUGUCUUUAACCGGUCUCUCUGGCUUCAUGUAUCUUCCUUAGAGCUUUCUUAUUACAUAAGAGAGCUCUUUCACGUUCCCUUUUCUGGCUGUUUCUUCUGUUGACAUUAGACCAUCUAUGUAAGCUCUUUUAUCCUUUUUAAUGCUGCUCUUUACCCUUCCAUUGGCUUCUUUAUAUUUCUCCUGUACUUUUGUUUUCUCUGCCGUGGUCCGGCUGCUGUUUACUGAUGACUUCAUUUCUUUGCUCUUGUUUAUUUUUUGCAACGUUUUGAGUAAGAGCCAAUGUUUGUAUUGGCUCGGAAUAUUUUGCUGAUUGCUAUGUACCAUUAUGCAGUUUUGACAUUUGAAUUUGUGUGAAGAUUUUGGCUCACAGAAUAGACAAUAAUUAAAAAAUGACUGAAAAUUAGUUAGGUGUCUACGUGUUAGUUUAUAGCCUGGGGUUUACUCACAUCUUUCAAAGUGACACACAGAGUGUGUGUGUGUACCCUUUUUAAUAUUAAGUAGCAGCUUGCCAAAUAUGUAUAAAUGGAUAUUAUACUUGAGACAAGUAAAAUUAUAAAAAUAUUACUUUAUUUUUUAAUGAAGAAUUUUAAAGGCAGAAAAUGACAAUAUAAUUUAAUUAGUUAACAUGUUUACAUUAGCAUUAGGCGAUACAUUUAUAUACAAAUCGGGAUAAAUUGCAGGAUCAGAGUUUCCACCUGGGUACAUUUCUUCAGAAUAACAAAUAACUUCUUCUUAAAUUGCUAAUUUAUUAAUGCUAAUUUUAAUUUUUUUGUGACCAUAAGAUUAUUUAUUUUUUGAAUCUCAGCCUAUUUUUCAAGAGGUGCUCCACACCAAAUUUUCAAUGUUUGUAAUUUUGUAAUAGUAAUCUCAAAUUUUGUAAUAAUUUUUAUUUUUUUAAAGGCUAAUUUAACAAUUGAAAAUGAAACAAACUGUUAAAAUAUAAAAACUAAAAAAAAAAAGAAAAAUUACCCACCCACAAAGCCCAUGGUACUAAAAUGGAUCAAUUCUCUAUAGUUGGUAAUCAUCUACCUAAAGUUGGACUGUAUAGUGUUAAUAUGUAUGUGUGAUUGAAUUUUACUUUAUUGUCCGUUUCUAGGCAUGUUACGGUAUUCAAACCAUACCUGAAGGAAGCUGGCUCUGUCGUAUUUGUGCUUUGGGAAUUAAACCAAUGUGUUUAUUGUGUCCUAAGAGAGGUGGCGCAAUGAAAUCCACAAAGUUAGUCAUCAACAAUUUUCUUUUUUACCAACUUGUAAAUUAUCUACAACACAUAAGUUUAAUUACAGUUGUACUUUUAGAGAUUUAAAAAUCUAAUAUGGUCGUGUGAAAAAUUCUGUUUAAAAUAAAUAGCUUUAAUUUUAAAGACUAGACUGUCCCUUUUAAUUCACAUAUAAUCACAUUAUGUUUUGUUUAACCUUUUUUUUAAUGUUUAUCAAAUUGACUAGAGCUAAAAGUCUUGUUUCUUGUAGGAGUGGAACAAAAUGGACUCAUGUUAGUUGUGCUUUGUGGAUCCCAGAAGUCAGCAUUGGGUGUCCUGAGAAGAUGGAGCCUGUCACAAAAAUUUCUAAUAUUCCGGUUAGUUUCAAACUAAUUGCCUGCCUCAUUGUAUCAGCAACCCUGAAUAAACAUUGGCACUGGUCUCAUCAAAAUGUUAUUUUGAGAAAAACAUUCAGAAUUAAAAUAAAUUAAUUUAAUGAUUUUAAAUCCUUGUUGUAUUCAUAUAAUUGUAUGAAAUUAGAAAGUAUAAGACAGUAAAGCUGUAAAACAUUUUGUACAUACUAAUAUUCAGUGACCAAUGUUAACUUCUUAAUGUCGUAUAUCUUAUUAAUAAAAGGAUUUCACUAAAAUUGUAAUAUCACUACAAAGAGGCCUUCUUUUUCAGGAAAAAACAUAAGCUCAUGAUAUCUUUACCUUAAUUUAAAUGGUUGCCCAUCUCAGGUCAUUACUAUGUGCUUGGCCUAAAUAUAACUUUAAAACUCUAACUAUCCUGACAUUUUUUAAAUUUACUAAGCUGAAAAUAAUAUAGUGGUAACGAAGUAUUACAAUUUUUUUGUUCUAAUUUGUGUGCAGCAAUGGUGUUAUAUAUACUUUAUGUUAUUUGCAGCCAUCUAGGUGGGCAUUAGUCUGCAAUUUGUGUAAAGAGCGGGUCGGUGCAUGUAUUCAAUGCUCGGUGAAACAAUGUAAAACAGCUUUCCAUGUAACUUGUGGCUUUGCACACAAUUUGGACAUGAAAACCAUUGUUGACGACUCUGAUGAUGCAGAUGGCAUUCACUUAAGGGUGAGGGAGUAUUUCUUUUAUUUCAAAAUGUGCUUCAUGGUUCUCAAUUUUUAUUUUCUGUUUUUUAAAGUUUUUGUUUAUAAUUAAACCAUUAAAUGUGGAGAUAUAUUAUAAAGUAAAGACAUUAUGCUGCUUCAUUUAAGUAAAUAAAGUCAUUCUAUUGCAUUAAAAUAAACUCAUUGCAUGCCUUUCAUUUACUGACAUUUAAAUUUUACUAUACAUAUUUCAAAAUAAUUGACUUAAAUAAUUUUUUACGAGUGUUUCAUAAACUGACUUUUAAAAUAAGGUAAUUUUUAACUAUUGGCUUAGGCUUUCUGUCCCAAACACACUAAGAACAGAAACGCAUCUGAUUCUGAAUCUCCUAAAAAAGAUGACAAUAUUGACACAGAAAAUGAAGUUUCAGAAGCAGAAAUGGCAAAAAAAAGACAGGAAAAGUAAGUUUGACAUACAUUUAGUGCAUGGUUCGAUUAACCCAAAAGAUUCAUUUUGAUUAUACUAUUUUUGUAAAUGGUUUUGAUAAUUUUGAUGUAAUUGUUUGUCAUAUAGAGUAUGCAUUUCCUAUAAGUGCUAUUGUUAAUUUAUUUAUUUAUUUAGUAUAGACUGGGGUUUUCUUUUUUCCCCAACAACAGACUAAGAAAAAUAUUAAAAUACUUUUUUCAGUUAAAAGAUUACUCAUGCAAAGUAUGAUCUAAAAAUGGCUAAUUUAUGUUUUUAAAAUCUCAAGGUUGCAGCAGAUAGAAGAUGAUUUUUAUCACCUUGUUGACAUUCAAGAAAUAGCUGAAAAGUUCUUUAUUCCAGAGGAAGCCGUUGAUGUAGUAACUGAAUACUGGAAACUCAAGAGAAAGGUAUGACAUUUCACACUAAUUUUUUUUUAAAGAGUAAAAUGAAAUAACUUAGUGCUUAUGCAGACCUGUUUACUCUUACGAUUUUGGCGUACAAUGUAUGAUUUUGAGAUGUCUUUUAUGAGGCACUACAACAUCAACACAAACCUAACCAGCAUGAUAUGCAACCUCUAUGAUAAGGCCACCAGUGCAGUCUUCCUCAGCAACAACAUCUGAGAAUGGUUCAAGACCACGGCUGGAGUACGACAAGGCUGCCUGCUCUCCCCCACCCUAUUCAACAUCUUCCUAUAGAGAAUUAUGUCAGAUGCUCUUGAAGUGCAUGAAGGGACAGUCAGCAUUGGUGGCAGAACAAUCACCAACCUACGCUUUGCGGAUGACAUAGACGUGCUGGCUAGGAACGAAGAAGAGCUAGCCGACCUGGUAAAGCGCCUCGAUAAGACCUCGUCGUCCUACGGCAUGCUAAUCAGUGCCGAAAAGACAAAACUGAUGACAAAUAAUAACAUAGGCAUCACCACUGAAAUUAAGGUCGGGGAGGAAAGAUUAGAGACUGUCGGCCGCUUCAAAUACCUAGGAGCAAUAGUGUUCAAAGCCCGAACUGAUGUCCAAUAUUGCGCAGACUACAACAGCACUAAAAAAGCUCAAGAAAAUAUGGAAUGACAAAAAUAUUGCCCCCAGCACCAAAAUCAGGCUGAUGCACUCAUUAGUCCUCUUCAUUUUCCUGUAUGCCUGCGAAUCCUGGACAUUAACAGCUGAUCUUGAAAGGAAAAUAAAGGCGAUGGAGAUGAGAUGAUUCAGAAGCAUUUUUGGCAUCUGCUAUAGGGACCAUAUCUCCAAUGAUACAGUGAAAGAAAGGGUUCGUCAGGCAAUUGGGGAAAUUUGAUGACCUACUGGUGAGUGUGAAAAAACGCAAAUUAUAAUAGUACGGCCACGUAACAAGGAAACAAGGGUUUGCCAAAGAAAUAUUGCAGGGCACCACAAGAGGAGGGAGAAGAAGAGGAAGACAAAGAAAAAGGUGGGAGGAUAACAUCAAAGAGUGGACAGGACUAACAAUGGGCGAUGCAGUGCGUAGUGCUGAAGACAGAGAGGAAUGGAGGAGGAUGGGUCACAUGUCAUCUGUGGCGCCCCAACGGUCCAAGGACUAAGGGACAUGAGGAUGAGGAUUUACGAUUAUACGCUGAAACCAGUCAGAACUACGAUUUUAAGAGACCAGGUUGAAAAUAUUAUACAUUCCGGUAGAUUCCUCCUCUCCCUUCCCCCCCCCCCCCCCCAUUAAAAAAUAAAAUUGAAUUGCUGGUAAUUAAAAAGUACAUUUACGGUUGUUGGUUUUAAUUUGCAGUCUGCAUCCAACAGUGAAUGGAUCAAAUACAAUUGGUUGGUGACCAUCUAUAAUUAUAUUACGUUUGAGUGGUGUUAACUAAGGAGAUUUUGUGUAAUGGGGCGAAUCUAAAUAUUUCAGUAUAUAAAAUUAACACCGCCACAUUUUCGUAAUAAUCUUGGGAGUGGGAUUUCCUUGGCAGAAAAUACAUGCGCUGUUAAAAAAAUUCUACAUAUUCAUCCCGAAACUCUGAAAGGUCAAAAAUAGCAUUUUAAAUUUGGAAUGUUGUAAAAUAUCACCCGAUGUUUAGUAUGAGUUAUGUUCGUGAUUUUCCCAUGUAUUUUCACAAAUGACCUCGGUAGCUAUACUUAUAUAGUACUCAGUAGUAGAGAUAUUAAAGUAAUUUUAGUCCACCGUUUAUACCACGUUCGUGGGACGUAUAAAUUGUUGGGCUACGCUUGGUUCUAAAAUUUUAAUUUCCCUGCGCCUUUGCCAAAUUUAGGUUUUCACCAGGCUCAGUGUGUGAAAUUCUAACAAGUACACUUGGAAAUAGUGAAUACAUAAACAAAUUGAAAUUGAGGGUUGGGUAAAAAUAAAUAUAACAUGUGUUGGUCACCAAGCGCCAUCUAGUAACUGCAAACACUAGUUACUCAAGUGGGUUACUGUUUGCACUACGAUGGAAAGUUGUCACACUGGAUUAAAAGUGGAAAUAAAAUUAUGAAAAUUGUUUAAUAUUUCGCAAUAUAGAAAAAAUAUACACGCACCACACAUACAUAGGCAGCCCAAUUAAAAGGACAAUUUAUUGCACCUCUUGUCAAGUAAAUGAGAUUUUAUAAUUUAAUUCACUAUGAAGGUCCUUCCUAAAGGCGAUUUUUGGCAACCCCCCUGAUUUUGUCACCUGCUGCUCUUGGCCUCAUUCUUAUGGCCCUGCCUAAGGGCAACGAGUACUCAGCGUGAUGCUGCGUAUAUUGUGGGAAUAACUGGGCUCUCAAAAUCGCCAGUGGUGAAAAUCUUUGUCACACUUUUUUUACUGUAACAUUGUAAAUAUAUAAAGAUAAUUGAAUUUUUUUUAAAUAUUGGGGUGACUUGAAAGCUCAUCGUAACAUACGCAAGGGGGAUUGUCAAAAAAAAGGGGGAGGGGGUAGAAAAUUUGAUUUUUUUUGCUUAUAUACUAUGUAGAUGGCCCCUCCUUGCAUUUGUUUGCUUUGGUGCUGUAUGUCGUAAUUUUAAUACAUCUAUUUCUUUCGGCUGACUGCGGAGAGUACAGAAACGGAGAAAACUAUAGAAUGCAUUUUUAAUUGUUCCGUGCAGCAAUAGUAGAUUUCGAUAUAUUUUAUAGGAUCUGAGAGGGCUUUUGAAAUCUAUUUUUUAGAACGCACAAAACAGCUGUACAAUUUUUAAUACCCUCUUUCCUUUCACCCAUUUACAGCUUGGGAUACUUGUCAGGCUGAAUAUGUGAACAGGAAAUAGGCAUAUUGGAUAUUGAUUCUUAUUUUUUAAAGGUUUUCCUAAAAAAUAAAUCUGAAGUUACUUGGUAGGUUUAAUUUAAAUGACACCUUAAUUUAUUAAUUACUUAUUAUUUUAACAAAUUUUAUUUUAGCUGAUCUGACUUCGAGUUUGAACCAUGUUAAAUAUCUCCAGUAACUUUAUUUUUUACCAGUAACAGACUGUGAUAAUGUGAUCUGCAGGUUCACCUAAAUAUUAAUUGAUAUCUGUAGCAGCUACAUCUCAGCAAAACAAAGUGACCGCAGAUUGCAAUAUAAACGUCAGUCAUCUACUUUUUGCCCUCAGUUCCCUUUUUUGAUGCCAGCUUAACUCGAUUCCACUGGACCGUAGUUGCGAGUAGUUAUUGUAUACAUUAUGUAUACUGUAUGUUUAGCUAUUUACUAAUAAGAUACUGUAUUGUACAAUUUUGAGAAGAUGUACGAUUUUAAGAGUUUGAGGGUAAACAGGUCUGGCUUAUUUGAGCUUUCCACUCAUUUUGUAGAUUUCUCUCUGCCACAUAUUGCUUUAAUCUUUCUACUUUUAGAAUUUUAUUGAAUUCUUCUUCCUAAAGAAUGUUAUUUCAAUAUUAUUGCGUGUUUUUUUUUCAUUGUUAUUUUGUUCACUUUAUCUUUAAAUGGAAGUAUUGUAACGAAACAUAACCUUAAAUUUUAUUUUACUUGUUGAUCACCUUUUAAUUUUCAAGUAUUUUUAUGCUGUAAAACACUAGGUCAGAUUAGGAAAUGCUGGUUAAUUUAGACUUCAAAGUUGUUAGUCCAUUAGGAUUUUGUAUCACAAAUCCGUAACUUUAUAUUAUUUUUAUAUGGCAGAAUAUCCGUUUUUUUUAAGGAAACUGAGCAACUUUUUUUAUUUGUAUUUCAAAGUGGUGGGGGGUUAAGGUUGGGAAGAUCAAGAGAUAGACUCUUGUUGUUUUUUUGAUCAUCAGUUUUUAUUGGCUUAAAAUUUGUAGGUAAACAAUAACAAGCCAUUGAUAACACCCAAGAUGGAGGAAGAGGACCAGAUGCAGAAGCAGCAGAAAGACAGCCUUAGUGCUCGCAUGAAGAUGUUUGUUCACUUACGACAAGAUCUGGAGAGGGUGAGUUUCAGUUUCAAUGUUUUUAGUUAACGAUUUCUUUUUUUAAUUAAUGAUAAUGCUCAAGAUAUUCAGAAUUCUUCAUAAUUUAAUAAGUAUUUAAUUUAUUAUAAAUCAACAUAAUGCACCUUUUUCAAUUCAGCAUUUAAAGAAAGAGAGAAAUGAUUUUUUUCCCUCCAAUUUUUUUUAACAAAUAUUUUGUUCAUUGUAUCCCUUAAGUUCUUAAGCUUUUGUCUCAAAACUAUUUGUUCUGGUAUUACAAUUGUCUAAAAUGCUUUUAAGUAAGGAACAUCGGGGUAGAAGUUUUCACUGGGUAACGAAUCCAAGUUUUUUAGGAUUACUAUUUGCCAGAUCACAUUACGAGUAAUAUCUGUACAUUAUUCAUAAUGAAAUUUACCUUAAAUUACUGCGUAUAAUGCGUUCCACAUUUAAAGUCACGCUUACAUAUAAUGCAAUAUGUUAAUCUAAUAAUAAAAAUUAACUGAAUAAAUGUUUUAAAAAUAAAAAUGUCAAAAUCCUUAAAAUCAUUAUAUUUAAAAUUAACUGUGGUCACACCGAUACAACUAUGCUAAUAUCCCGUCAAAGGGGCACUACUAAGUUUUCUGGUGUUAUGAGCAGAUACUAUACGCGCUUGAUUGCCAAAUGGUUGCAUAGCAUUACUAUGCCUAUAAUGCAUCGUUAACCGGUAAUGAAAAAAUUUCUUAAACGUAAUUAUUAUGCAAGCCCCUACUUUAAAAUUUUUUUAUUUAGAUGGCACAUAGAGUCUUAAAAAAAACUAACUUCUAUCCACAUGAAGUUAAGGUGAAAAAUAAUAUUACUAGACAGUAAACUUAAUAGCUUUGUAACGUCAGAUUAUAUUGACUCUACUUUGUUAAUUUAAAUACAGGAAUUCGUAUUAUUAAUACUACAACUAGCAUAAUCAACCGAUUAAUUAUCUAUAAUUACAUUAAAAUUGCUUUCAAUUUCAUCAUCUGAAUUCAUUUUUUUAAACAUUACUCUUGAUCUGUGUAAAAGAAAACCCCUCAAAUUAGACGAAAAUUUGGCUUUAAACAAGCUGUUUUCAUUUAAAAAUUGUGAUUGAUUUAUUUGGAAAGGAUUUAAACACGUUAGAAUGCGUGCACAGCUAAUGUUAAGUAUGUAUAUAAAGUUAGUGUUAAGUAGCUAAUGUUUUUUUCUUUCUCUAAGGGAUUUGGUGGGAAAUUCCAUUCCACCCAUUUUAAUAAGAAAAAUUAUUGAAUAUCUCUUCUAAAACUUUAAUUUGCAAAUAAAUAUUCCAAUCCACAUUAGUAGUAAUAGAAAAAAACGGGAUAUUCGGCCUGGGCAAAUGUCUGAGGUGUUUUUCCGGUUGUUUGCUAGUUUAAAGUAUUAAAAUUGUAUACUUCUUUUUUUUUUGUCUUUUUUUAAAAAAAAUAAAUAAUUUAACCUUUAUAAAAAAAAUUUCAAACUUUGCAGAGGAUUUGUGGUAAAAAUUCUUCAACAUAUUAUUCCUUGAACGUUACACCUUAAUUGAACAUAGUUGAUUACACAUUAUUUGAACAUGGUUAAUAAAACAUUGCUUUCUUUUUGUAUUUCUUCCAGGCACGUAAUUUAUGCUACAUGAUUAGCAAACGAGAAAAAACAAAGCGUCAAUUUUUUAAACUGAAGGAAAGUGUCUUCCGCUGCCAAGUUCGAGUUUUGACUGACCCAGAUCUGAACCUUGGUGCUCGGGAAGCAGAAAAAAUACGCCAGGAUUAUCAUUUCAGCUCCCUAUACAGCAACUAUGGAGUUCUUACGGCCCGUAACUUUAAACAACCUAGAGAAAAUCUCUUUACUCUAGAGAAUCUAAAAACUCCAAAAGACUACACGGACAGUGCUGAGGACCAUAUCCCAGAGCGAGAAGAGAAAUUUGUCUCAAGACAUUCUAAUCUUGGCAAGGAAGUGAAAGGCCUUCGCCAGGGUGUGGAGUCCUCACAGGAUUCUGAAUCUGUCAAUGGUAAAUCAGAGGUUCACCACCGUGAUAGUUUGUUUUCAGUGGAUAGUUUCGCAUUGUUGAGUGAUACCACAGUUGACAGCAGUGAAGAUGAAUCGCUGGCACAGACAACUCACUCUUCACAAAUGAGCCGAUUGGGCAAAGUUCGAUUAAAAGAGAUCGAAGAUCAGUCAGGAACUGGUGGGUCUGAAGUUAUUAAAACAGUACCUGUAUCACCUACUAAAAAGAAUUUCGUUCCCACCAGCGACCUGGGCAAAAAGCUCUCAUUGUUCCUUCAGUCCAAAACAAAGAUGCAGCAGCAAAAAGGAAAAAACAUGUUAGAAAAACUUGAUCCUGUUCUGGAUACCUUGCAUAUAGAUGUGGAACAUUCAGAUGUUGACGAGAGUGAAGUCUUCACAUCUGAUACAAACACCAAUCUGACAUCUCCAGCUGAUCAGCCCAGAAAUUUAUUUGAUCAGUUUGGAAUGCAGGACAAAAAUCUACUCUCUUCCCCUGAAAUACCCCAGCAGAAAUCGGCUGGAAGUCACCGUGAACAUAAAAAAGUUAAAAGGCGAAAGCACAGCAGGUCUCAACCGAAAAUUAAGAAAUUGAGGUUGGUUAUGUCACCUUCGGAUCAGUCAAAUUCGAGUGUUACCAUUAAAACUGAAUCAAGUAUGUCAAACGGUGAUGUUAUAAAUGUAGAGGGGGGUCAUCAACUUGAUGACUCAGACACCAUCCAUCUGCUGUCUAGUCCAAAAAGCAUCCACUCAGAUGCUGAUUUUAAAGCCAAAUGCUAUGUACAUUCUUCAUCGAAUAAAGGUAGGAAAAAGAAAUCUAGAAGAAGUCGAGAAUCAUCCACUCCAGAUAAAUCUUCAAAAUUAUCAAAAAAGCUAGAGCUGUCACCUUCGCCUAGGGUUAAACCAGAUAGCGUUUAUGCUACUUUGGACGGAGACAUUUAUGUACCAUCAGGUAAAAUACUGGUAACAGAGAGAACUAUAGUGUUGGAUAAUCCCAAGGUGGAGGACAGCUCAAAAUUGCGCAGUAAACUGCGAUUAAAAAAGCAAGCGAAUUCUCCAGUUAAAGGCCUGGCAAGUUAUAUUGUAGUGAAAGAUGAAGACGAGGUACAUCCUGCUGUGCAAGCCAACAAAGAAAAACCACCAUUGGAUGACAAAAAUAUAUUUGAUCGUGUUCUGGACCCAGCCGUCUUAAAAUAUGAGGCAUCGUCGGCUAUAACAGACUCUGAGCUCCCAAGCAGACAAAGAAAUUUAAGAGGGCGAUUAAAAAAUGUUGACACAUCACCUGGCCCUGGUCCCAGGACCAGACAGAGUAAAUUGACUGAUAAUGAGGAAUCUAAAUCGUCUCAAGAAGUUAAAUCUGAAGUUGCAGAAAAGGUGAAUCACAUUGAAAAUAAUGUUAUAAAUGUUGAGGUUAAACCAGCCAUAAUUAGGAGGAGAACUCAGAACAAUGAGCCGGAAUCUGGUGAAACCUCUGAUGAAAAUUUUCAACCCAAAUCUGGUUCUCCUAAAGUCAUUGAUAGAUCUUCACGUCCUCGGCGAUUGCGUAAUGCUAUGAAAAUUGCCACCGAGGAUGAUUCUGAUGAUUUUAUAGAAGGCUCACCUCAAAAACGGAGAGGCUUGGAUAACAUGAAUGCUAGAAAUGCAGCAGGCCGUGGUGGCAUUAAACUAGCAAGUUUACCAAAUAAACCAGAGUUAAAUGCACUCUUGGAUAGUAGUAAACUUAUAAUCAAAGAUCAGUUGAGGAAAGAUGCUGGUGACAAGCUAAGUAGGAGGCUGAAACAAAAAGGCAGGUGGGGUGGAGGCAAUGGAUUCAAGGAUAACAAUCAGUCAACUUUGGAUAAAUUUUUUACAAGGACUAGUAGCAGUGAAAAUGUGUUCUCAAAGCCUGAUAUUAGCCUAGAAACUUCCAAGCGGUCAAGCUUGCAGCCUGCCAGAUCUGACCUCAGUCCCCUUCGUGUAAACCAGUCCUCAUCUAUAAACAGCUCUUCUGAACCUUGUGAAGGGCUACAAAACUCAUUGUGCAAAUCUUCUUUGAAACAUGGUGUGAUAACAAGCAGCACUUUUGGAUCUCACACAAGCUCGUUAAGUAGCUAUAGGAUUCCCAGAAAAUCUGACUCUGGUGAUGCUAAUAAAACAUCGCCAAAAGUUGAUUCGGGGGAAGUACAGGUCUUUGGUGAUGUUCAUAAGUUAGUAAGACCCCUGUCUUUUGAAGACGUAAGUGAAAAUUCAGAACUCCUGGAGCAACAUGGGUCACCAGUAAAAGGAGAUCUGGUAGAGAUAGCUAAAUCCCCGAUUCAGUGUGAAGUUGUAAAGACACCUUCAAAAUGUGAUUUAUCUGAGGUGGUUAGAACACCAUCCAAAUGUGAUUUAUCAGAACUUUCAGAGGACAAACUUGAUGGAAACAGAAGUUACAGAUCUCAGUCACCACAGUCGAGUGAAGGCAGCACAGCCUCCAGGCGAAUGCUACUGCUUGAGUCUAGAGAAACUACACCUAACAGGCGCAUUACAAGAAGUUGUCUUGUCGAUGACUCGCCAAGCCCAAGCACAAGAUUAAGAAAAAGAGAAAGCUUAUUGAAAGCACCGCAGUUAAAAUUGUGACAAAUAUGAAGGGUUUGGGGUGGGAAAUGUGUGAGCAUGGUUAAUUGCUGUUUAGAAUGCAUAGCUUUACUCAAAUGAAUUAUUGAUUCAUUUAAAAAUUUCUGUAUGUGUUGUAAAUAUGUAUUUGUUGGUCUUAAGUACACACUAUCGGUACAAAGAAAGUAGAAAAUCAGUGUUAGUCCUUUUCAGACAAUCUUUAUUUAUUUCAAGGACUUACCAUAUUUGAUACAUAAUCUAUAGGAACGUUUCAUAACUUAAAGUGGUUUUGAAUAGUAUGUAACUGCUACUAAAAGGUCAGAAACUAGUAUUUCAUAGUAAAAGUGUUAAAAUGUUAGUUCAUGUCUCAUUUAUUUUGUUGCUUCCAAUUUUUGAUUAUUGUGCCAAAUGAUUGCUACCUCAUGUGUGAGUUUCAGAGUCUAAAUUUGCAGUUAUGUUGGAUAUUUCACACCAUCUUUUAUUAACUUGGACACCAAGGCCAUAUCAAAACUUUCAUUAGCUUCUAUUCUAUUGCUGAAAGUAGUGAAAGUGAAACUUCUUAUAAAGAAAUACAUUCAAUAAAAUAAACUAACCCAUACCAAAGUAUAUUUUAAUUGAUGGCAAAUCUAGAUAUAAAAAGUCACUCUUAUUGUUCAGUAUUUGGUUUCAAAAAUUACUAGUACUUGGGUUUCAUGAUUUAAGUAAUUCAUUUUUAAUAUGAAUCAUGUGUUAUAAAUAGUAAUAGAAAUGCAUUAUUUGAUUCAGUUGUG